AUGAUCCCGCUUUUGAUCUUGAUUGGUCUCGAUGUUAAUAUCUAUCUAUCUAUCUAUCUAUCUAUCUAUCUCAAUCUGUUCAUAUCUAUCUAUCUAUCUAUCUAUCUAUCUAUCUAUCUAUCUAUCUAUCUAUCUAUCUAUCUAUCUAUCUCAAUCUGUUCAUAUCUAUCUAUCUAUCUAUCUAUCUAUCUAUCUAUCUAUCUCAAUCUGUUCAUAUCUAUCUAUCUAUCUAUCUAUCUAUCUAUCUAUCUCAAUCUGUUCAUAUCUAUCUAUCUAUCUAUCUAUCCAAAAUUUUUCCUUAUCUAUCAAUCCAUCUAUCUAUCCAUUUUUUUUCUAUCUAUCUAUCCAAAUAUUUUCCCUAACUAUCUAGCUAUCCAGAUCUUUUCCUUCUGUCCAUCUACCUAUCCAAAUCUAUCUAUCUAUCUAUCUAUCUAUCUAUCUAUCUAUCUAUCUAUAUAUAUAUAUAUAUAUAUAUAUAUAUAUAAAACUUUUCCUACUCAGUCUGUCUAUCUAUCUAUCUAA